GUUCAAGUAAAGGUCUUUGGAAUGCUAACUUUGCUGUUGGCUAUGGCAGAAUGCAUGUGCUGAUAUUGCAUUACGUGUGAUAAUCAUGGCAUAUGGCCUUGUUUUUUUUUCCUUGAAAGUUUUAUCCAAAUGGAGAGAAAUCUAGGAAAAGGCAUAAUGGAUCAACAGAAGAAUCAUGGACAAAUUCGAUACAAUAAUAUUGAAGUUGGAAAUGAAACUCUUGAGGCUGCAAACCAGAGAUUUUUUCAUGAUCCAUCUAGUAAUAUAAAUACUAACAUCCGACCUCCUGAUUAUAAUAUGUCGGCAGGAGCUAGACCAGUUUUGAAUUACUCUAUUCAAACAGGUGAGGAGUUUGCUCUGGAAUUUAUGCGGGAAAGGGUAAAUCCCAGGCAACAUUUUGUUCAGAAUGCUUAUGGUGAUCCCAACAGUGGACCACUUUAUAUGGAUCUAAAAAGCAUUAUGGGAAUUUCUCAUACAGGUUCGGAAAGUGGCUAUGAUGUCUCUAUGCUUAACACAGUAGAAAAACCCCGUCCCCAGGAGCUUGAGAGAAAGGCCCCUUCUGUGCAUGAAGACAAGAACUAUUAUGAUUCCAUGCGAUCAAUUUCUCAAUCCUCUUCAAGAAAUGACAUUAGUCAGGGACAUCAAGGUUAUGCAUCCAGAAAUGCUUCACUCAGCUCAUCAACUAAGGUGAAGUUCCUCUGCAGCUUUGGUGGUAAAAUUUUACCACGUCCCCAUGAUAAGAAACUUAGAUAUGUUGGGGGGGAAACACGUAUGAUUCGAUUAAGCAGGGAUAUUUCCUUUCAAGAGUUUGUUCAAAAAAUGUUAGCAAUUUAUAACGAAGCCCAUAUGAUAAAAUAUCAGUUGCCUGGGGAGGAUCUUGAUGCAUUGGUCUCUGUAUCUUGUGAUGAUGAUCUGCAGAACAUGAUGGAGGAAUGUAAUGUGCUAGAAGAUGGAGGACUGCAGAAACCCAGGAUAUUCCUUUUCUCUAGUAGUGAUUUGGAGGAUUCUCAAUAUGGCUUGGGGAGUGUAGAGGAUGAUUCUGAGGUGCAGUAUGUUGUUGCUGUGAAUGGCAUGGAUCUAGGAUCUAGAAAAAACUCAAUUGCAGCAAGUGCUUCUGAGAACAAUUUGGAUGAAUUACUUGGUUUGAAUGUUGUAAGGGAGGCUAGCCGGACUGUGGCUGAAGCAGCUGCUUCUAGUUCUGCUUCUAGUUCUGCUUCUUUGACAGCUAUUGCACCUGCAUCAACAGUCCAGUCUUCUAAUGCACCUGCAUCAACGGUCCAAUCUUCUAAUGUGCCUGCAUCAAAAGUCCAAUCUUCUAAUGCAGUUUCAUCAAUGGUCCAAUCUUCUCAUGCACCUUCAUCUGCUGUCCAAACUUCUCAUGUACCUUCACCAACCCUCCAGUCUUCUCAACCAGUUUUGUAUGGUUAUGGUUCUCAACCCUCUAACCAUGUGAUGCCUGGAGAAAAUUUAGUUUCAGUGCCGGUCCAUGGGCAUGUCAACCCCCAGGUAGCUUUAGCUGAUAUGGGCUUUCAAGUGCAAGAUCUGGAAGCAUCUAUUAAAGAGGUGAAACUAAAAAGAGAUAGUUCUGCCCCAAAAACAACUGAAUCUGAAAAGGUGCGGUCUCUGGACAAAGUUCCACCAAUGAAAGAGCCAAAAAUGAAAAGAGAUGCAUCCCUUCCUAAGAUCAGUGAAACUGAAAAAGUUCGGAUGUCAGAGAAAGAUUACAGUGUCCCUUCAAAUGCAUAUGGAAGUUCUGUUGCAAACCGUAUUUCUAGUGUGGAAGCAUCUGUUACCAUUUCAGUUCCUGACAUUGGCUCAUCUUUGUUGCCUGCAAAAAAUUUGAAAAAGACCCAGGAAGCUGUGCAGAAUUUAGUGGCCCCUGAAGUUUUAAGUGAAGGGAGAAAGAAUGUUGAAGAUGACCACUUUCACCCAUCUAGUGGGCCUUUUACAUCUGGUGCUAGUGGUUCUGAGGCUGAUCCAAAUGACUUUGUAUGCCUUGAGGGAUCUGUGAUGCCUCAGCGAGUGUUUCAUUCAGAGAGAAUCCCCAGGGAGCAGGCUGAAAUGAACCGUUUAUCUAAGUCUGAUGAUUCUUUUGGGUCUCAGUUUCUCAUGACUCAAGCACAUUCUGAUUCUUCCCAAAUAAUUAGAGAAGCAGUUGACAUGAUUCAUGAUGGGAAUUUGUCUCCUCAAGCUGAUCAUCAAUCUGUCACAUCUGCAAAUCCAGGAUCUAAAAAUCCUCGAACUGUUAUGGAUGGGCUUGCUGAAUUUGAAAGGUACAAAGGUUUUGCUGAUAAAAUCAUAUCUAAUUUUUCUGAGGAGGUACCUGAGUCAACUAAGGAGAAAUCUGAAUUAAAACAAGUCUCAGUUAAGACCACUGCUGAUGAAGAAGCAGCUGGGUUAAAUCAUUCCACAGCAAGUCAAAGAACUUCUGUUAAGCACCUUGAAGAUCCAUCUUUCAGUCCGUCUGAUUUUGAGCAAAUGGAGAAGGGUGAAAACAAGAAUACAGGAAAUCAUUCUCAGGGGCAUAACCAACCUUUGGUGUUGGCAGAGAACCCAAUUAGAGCAACUUCCAAUGUACGGCCUACUCCUUCUGUAAGUGCCUCUGAGCAUGGGGACAUACUUAUUGAUAUUAACGACCGGUUUCCCCGUGACCUUCUGUCUGAUAUAUUCUCAAAAGUAAGAAUGUCCCAGAACCUCUAUGGUAUCAGUCCAUUCCCUGGUGAUGGAACCGAACUGAGCUUAAACAUGGAGAAUCAUGAACCUAAGCAUUGGUCAUACUUCCGUAAUUUGGCUCAAGAUGAGUUUAUUAGAAAGGAUGUUUCCCUCAUGGAUCAGGACCAUCUGGGUUUCUUGUCUCCACUUGCAAAUAUUGAAGGUGGGGCUCUAGUUGAUUAUAGCUAUCCACCUUUGAAAUCUACUGGUGAUGUUGCCUUGGCUCAAAGUAAGCCAGACAUCAAUUUUGGUGACAUUAGCUCAGAAUACAGUAAGUCUCCACUCAAGGGUGAUGAAAGUGGACGAGUUGGGCAAAACCUUCAAGUACCUGAAUCUGAGUUUGAGGAUGGGAAAUUGGAUAUUCGGAAGACUGGUGUACCUCCUGUGGAUAAUUGCUGUGGAGAGAUUGAUAUAAGCACAUUGCAGAUCAUUAAAAAUGAAGAUCUGGAAGAGCUAAGGGAGUUGGGUUCAGGUACAUUUGGUACUGUAUAUCAUGGAAAAUGGAGAGGAACAGAUGUUGCCAUCAAGCGGAUAAAAAAAAUCUGUUUCACUGGUCGUUCUUCUGAGCAAGAGAGAUUGACUGUCGAGUUCUGGCGUGAAGCUGACAUCCUUUCUAAGCUUCACCACCCCAAUGUGGUGGCUUUUUAUGGGGUGGUGCAGGAUGGACCUGGAGGAACACUAGCCACUGUCACAGAGUUUAUGGUGAAUGGCUCUCUUAGACAUGUCUUGCUUAGCAAAGACAGGCUACUUGAUCGUCGUAAGCGGGUCAUUAUUGCCAUGGAUGCAGCAUUUGGGAUGGAAUAUUUACAUUCAAAGAAUAUUGUGCAUUUUGAUUUAAAAUGUGACAACUUACUUGUCAACUUGAAAGACCCUGUGCGGCCAAUUUGCAAGGUUGGGGACUUCGGGUUGUCAAAGAUAAAAAGGAAUACCUUGGUUACUGGCGGUGUGAGGGGAACUCUUCCAUGGAUGGCCCCAGAGCUGUUGAAUGGCAGUAGUAGUAAGGUUUCUGAAAAGGUCGAUGUGUUCUCAUUUGGCAUUGUUCUAUGGGAGAUUCUUACUGGGGAGGAACCUUAUGCCAAUAUGCAUUAUGGAGCAAUAAUAGGAGGCAUUGUGAGCAACACACUGAGGCCACCUGUACCAAGCAACUGUGACCCUGAAUGGAAGUUACUAAUGGAGCAGUGUUGGGCUCCGGAUCCCGUGGUUCGACCUUCAUUCACUGAGAUUGCUAGACGCUUACGCAUCAUGUCAUCAGCAAGCCAGACAAAACCACAGGGUCAUCCUCCGCAGAACCAAGCAUCCAAGUAAAAUUUCUGAUGCGCCCAUCAAUGAUUAUGAUAAGUCUGUUUUAUUUUAUAUACUCUAAAAACGCUUGUGUAUUGUUUUAUAUGAAGAGCAAGGGGGAGGGGAGACUGAGAGAGAGGAUAUUAUUGUGUUUGGAA